AUGCUACACAUAUCACACGCGCAGCGAGCCCGCAACGCUCCACACCGUCAAUCGGUUUUGGAUUUUCGGCAAGGUCUUCGGAAAAAUCCAAAAAAUCAAUGAAUAACCUCAAGAUUUUCAGAAGAUGCCGCCAAAAGUUGGUCUUCUGAAAACAGUUCAUCGUCCUCUUCAAGGUGUUGUUCUUCCUCGAGGAACCUCUCCUACAAUUGCACCUAUCUUCAGGAUUUCUUGAAAAAUAAUCAGAGGUUGGAAUUUGUUCAGUAGGAUUUUUAUUUUUUUGGGAUAGUGCUUGAAAAGAAAAUCAAAAAAUUCACACUUUUCAAUAUUUUUUAUCUAGAAGAGUAGAUUUUUGAAGAAAUAAUUUGGCAGUUAUAAUUUGUUCAAAUUCCAAAAUGGCAGUCCCAAAGUUUCAGAACUUGAAGUUUGUAGUACCAAACUCGAAGCUGGGAAUAAAUUUCGUUCUCUCAUUGUCAAAAACAGUUUCUGGGAAAAAUUUUAGGGGUCACUAUAGGGUUUUGGACGUUUAAGUGACCACUAAAGUAGUCAAAUUGACGGCCACUCAAGGGGUUAAAAAUUAGUGGCCACUAUAGAGGUCUAAGUGCUAAUACUAGACCACUUAAAAUUUUAGUGGCCACUUUAGGGGUCAAUGGUUUAACAUAACUAAUCCAACCUGUUUUUUUUUAAUUAUCAGAGUUACUGGAUGAAUAACUACUGAAGUGGCCACUAAAUAGAGAACCUUUAUAGUGGCCACUAAAACGGGAAAUAGUGGUCACCUCUCCAAGUAGCCUAUUUUAGGUCUCAUUUCAAACAGUUUUUCUAAAUGUAAAGUUUCAUAAAUUUUAGAAAUAGCCUGCACAAAAAUGAACGUUUCACAUUGAAAAAUGACCAAUUCCGUGUAUUUCUCUGAUUUUUUCGUACAAUGAAUCCCUCAAAAUCGUUUUGAAAAACUGAACAACAAUUCCUUUCAGGUGUAACAAGCUUGCAAAGAAUGCAGUAGCCAACUAUAAAAAAUCAUCGAACUUUGGUUUCGCUUAUGUUUAAUCAUUUUUGAAACAUAAAAGUCAAAUAGAGACUUUUUUUCGAAAUAAUUUAAAAGCCGCAAGAAUCUUCAGGACGCCAUCAGAAGACGUCGGAAAGCUACGGGGGGAGGUCCAGGACGAGUAUUACAAAGAGACGGACGUGUCUCGAAAACGCGAAUGUUUACUGGAUGCGAUCGCGCUGCUCAACGUUCUCAAGGAGCAAACCGUUCAGAUCCGACGUGAAGGUUUUGAUAAAUAGUUCACUUAUAGUCUGUGUACCACGACUUGUAAUUUCACCAAACGACAUUCCGCUGUGCGCCUUUGCGAACUUUGGUCGCGCUUCUAAUUUUUUUUUUCUUUAAUAAAGGUGCUCUACUUUCAUUUGCUCCCACAGCAAUAACAAUCAAUUGAAAGCGUGACCUAGAUUCGAAAGACGCUCCGCGAACGCACGCAGCGGAACAGCGGAAUGUCGUUCCGUGAAAUUUCAAAUCAUGGCGUACAGACUAUACCACAUGUAAUUUUUGAAAAUGAUAAAGUCAUAAUUAUUUUCCAUUUGCGCCUUUGAAAAUCCCUUCUUCAGAAGACACGAACCUCGCCUUUUUUUUGGCCGAAUAUCAAAAUUUCGUCUAUUGGGUCUACUCGACGAUCCGUUUUUCAAUGUUCAUGAGUGAGAUGGAGCGACAUUUCCAGGAUCUCAAGGUUCGUUUUUUUCUUUAAGGCGAUCAAAAUUGGGCUUCGCAGUAUAUUUUUAAAAAAUUUCCCCAAAAGAAGAAGCCAGAAAGAUUUGAAACAAAGAAACUGGCUAUUUUUGAGACCCCUGCCGUACAAAAAAUUCUAAAAACAACCAUUUUUGGUCAUUUUUUUCGAGCGGAGAAACCCUAAUGAACGCUAAUUUUUCCGAUUUUUUUCAAAAAAAUAUUUUAUGCCUAUUAUUAUUUCAGGAUCACCAUCGAGUGAUUCUCUCGUCUCUAAAACAGACAUCUGGCGAGUUUCUAACGACAAUCGUCCGAUUUUCCUUCCUUUGUUUGGAAUUUGCCGAGAUUUGCGAUGAAGAAGCGCUUCAUUGGUGUCGCAGUGCACAUACGAGAUGUGAGAGAUUUUUUUCUGGUUCCAAAAAUUUCAAAACUUAUGCCAAGAACUGAUUUACUCAUCAAAAAGUACAAAAUGGAAAAUUUUUUGUGACUUUCAAGAGCUUUACGGGUAAAUUAUAGUCUGUUCGAAUUUUGAACGUCAAGCGGGCUCUCAAGCUCCGCCCCUAAUGACGCGAUAAACCAAUCAGAGAGCGAGCUAUCCACGGCGUGUUUUUGAAUGACCUCACUCUAAUGAAAUUCAAAAUCUGAACGGAGCAUACUAUUUCUACCAUUUCAAAAGUCAUUGCUGAAAUUUUCAUGUGCGCAAAAUCUUUUGUAUAGCUUCAAAAGCCACUGAACAUGUAUCUUCCCCUCGUGACCUAUUAAAAAAAAUUGUCUAUGCGCCUUUAAGAACUACAGCAAAAAUUUUACUGAUUUUUGACUGAGCUUUUUCGUAAUUGUCUGGAUUUUCUCAUACUCCCGAGUACUUUCCUGAAUUCUGUCCUUUAAAAAGGGUCUUUUUUCAAAAAAUGAUGCACCUUCUGAGAACGCAAAAAAAAAAAGUUCAGACCUCAAAAAGAAGGGUCCACGGCGAUCCGACUCGAGCAUCAGCGCCGCCUCAACUUGCAGUGAUCCCGGCGAUCAACUACAAGCCAGGUUAAUUAAUUAAUUGUUUAUGAUUAAUUUUCGCAAAAUGAAAAGCGAUGGAUUUACCGUAGUAACUUUUUUUCGAUAGCGGAACAGUUUUCGGCGGGAAAACCCAAUUAAAAAAAAAUCCCCUUUUUUUCAAUCUUCCCUGAUAGUUAUUUGAUCAUUUUUAUGAUACUAGCUUUUCAGUUGAAUAGAAAAAAAAAUAGAAAACCGGCAAAAAAUCGAAUAUUUUCUAGGCUCGAAAAAAAAAGACUUAUUCAGUGAAACGCAACAAAGUUGCUCCAAAGCAAAAAUUCGAACUAUUUCGGAGAAAGUUUUUCCGGCUUCGAUGAACACUGUAUUGCGUUUUGAAACAUGUUAUUGUUAAUUUUUAUAAAUAAGCCUUGAAAAUUGAAUUUUUCCCGCCAGAAACCUCUUCGCGACCGCAAAAAGAUACCACAGUAUAUAAACGUGCAUCAGCACAAAAAAAUAUAAUUUUUUUAUAUCUUCCAGAAGAGACGCGGACCACGAAAGACAACUGAUCCAGGACUUGAGAAAUAACGUCCAGGCCAUCGAACUGGCCAUCACCCUCAAUCUAUCUACCAAAAAUACGUCUGGCGAGAAAUUGAUCGACUAA